AUGACGUGAUGGCUACCAAGCAAGCUAAUGUGUGUUUAGGAUUUAUAUAGAAAUAUUUGUGAUAAUACAGUGUGUUUCCAUAAUGAAAUUAACUCAGAAACUUGUUCUCUCACGGGCCAAAGCGUCGGACCUUGAAAGCGUAAAAAUGUUGAAUUGCUGGGGCUGCAACCUGACAGAUAUCUCAAUAUUCACUGAAAUUCCUAAUGUUGAAGUCUUAACAUUAAGCGCAAAUAAUAUAUCCUCUCUGGAGCACAUCGCCACUUGUCAGAACCUGACCGAGCUUUACCUGAGGCGAAACAACAUCCAGAGUCUCUCAGAGCUGAGCCAUCUUAAAAACCUCACCUGUCUCAAAGUUCUGUGGCUGGCGGAAAACCCGUGCUGUGACGCAGACCCAGUGAAGUACCGUUUGACCGUGCUGAGGAACCUGCCUGGUCUGCAAAAACUAGACAACCAGGUUGUGACUGAAGAAGAGCUUGCACUUGCUUUGGAAGGAGAGGAAGUGAUCAAUCCUGCAGGUCCUGCCACAGCCAGCUCUACCAAUGGCCACACAGAGGCAGACUCCGAGUACGACCCUCUCAAUUACAGUAUGGAGGAGGCCAAUAAAAUCCAUGCGCAGUUGGGAAUGAAGCCAAUGCCUAGAGAGAAAUUUUCAUCUUCACGAGACACAGGGUCCUCCAUGAAGAAAAAGAGUCACACUCUGGAAGCUGUUCUGCUCCUGCUGAAGGACCUGGACAUGGAGGAGCUGAAAACUGUUCAGUGCGCUACAGCGAACAGACUCAGAGGUCACAGUAGACAUAAAGAGAAAAUACCAAUUGCUCACCACUGAAUUAGAGCUAAUUACUACUCCACACAGAAUAACCAGCAACAUGUAAUAGCAUUUUGAUUUAAAAAAAAAAAUCCUUGCUCGGUAACAAAUACAAGACAGGUAGCAAAUCAAUGGAAAAAAAAUUAUCAACCAUUAACAACCUCAGUGCUGCACAGGAAGAAUGAACACUAUUCUUCCAAAAGAUAAUUCCUCAACUGGUGUUAGGAUGAGUGUGGUUGAUCUCACACAUCACUAUAAAGUCUCCCAUAGGUGUUCAACUGGGUUGAGAUCUGGUGAGCAUGACGGACAUAGCACAUAAUUGAAAUCGUAUUCCUACCCAUCAGACCAUUCAGUGAACCGUCAUGCCCUGUGAAUGUGAGCGGAGUCAUUCUGAGAGAGACCGUUCCCAUUGAGAGAGAAAUGUUUCAUUAGAUAGAUGUGAUCAGGUGGAAGGGGUCAAAGGGAACUAAACCACAGCUACAUAAUUAAAUGCCUGCACAGCAUGGGAGAGUCAGUUGUUUCUCCUUUAAUUUGUCAUCAGCAUGUGUCUAUAAAGCCACGCUGUAGUAUGACCAAAAUUAUGUGGACAUCUGACCAUCACACCCAUGUGCACAUCCCAUUCUAGAUUUAAUCUUCCCUUUGCUGUUAUUAUAACCUCCACUCUUCUGGGAAGGCUACCAUAAGAUUUUGAAAUGUGGCUGUGGAGAUGGGUUCAUUCAGCCAGAAGAGCAUUACUGAGGUCAGGUGUUGGGUUGGGUGAGGAGGCCUGGGGUGCAGUUGGUGUUCCUGUUCAUCCCAAAAGUGUUCAGUGGGGUUGUGGUCAGGGCUCUGCACAGGACACAAGUUCUUCCACUCCAUCCUUGACAAACCAAAUCUUCAUGGAACUUGCAUUGUGCACAGAGGCACGGUCAUGCUGGAACAUGUUUGGGCCUCUUAAAUCCAAUGAACCUUUGGACUAAGAUCAAGUGUAGUAUCUGUUCUCAUCAGUUUAAUUCCAAUGAAGGGAAACUAAUGCUACGACAUACCCAGAAAGCUUAUACAAUUGUGUUUCCAACUGUGUGGCAAGAAUUUGGGGAAGACUCCCAUAUGGGGGCAGCAUGGUGGUGUAGUGGUUAGCGCUGUCACCUCACAGCAAGAAGGUCUGGGUUUGAGCCCCAUGGCCGGUGAGGGCCUUUCUGUGCAGAGUUUGCAUGUUGUCCGCAUGGGUUUCCUCCAGGUGCUCCGAUUUCCCCCACAGUCCAAAGACAUGCAGGUUAGGUUAACUGGCAACUCUAAAUUGACCGUGAGUGUGAAUGGUUGUCUGUGUCAGCCCUGUGAUGACCUGGCGACUUGUCCAGGGUGUACCCCGCCUUUCGCCCGUAGUCAGCUGGGAUAGGCUCCAGCUUGCCUGCGACCCUGCAGAACAGGAUAAAGUGGCUAGAGAUGAUACGAGACUCCCAUAUGGGUGUUGAUUGCUAGGUGUCCUCAAACUUUUGACCAUAGUGUAUACAUGAAGGCUUAAAAAGAGCUUCACAGAGAAAUUAUCAGUAAACUCAGCUUUUUACAGGCGUGUUAAAAAAAAAAACUCCAUGGCUUCUGGCUGUAUUGCUAUUCCUGAUGUUAAUUCAGCAUUUCCUGUUUAGCAGCUGAUUGUUACCAAGUUACUUGUAUAUGUCUUAUUAUACUGCAGGAAUAACCCUGUGAAUUUAAAUGUAUAUUUACUGAACAUAUUUUUAUAUGUAAA